AUGGCGACCUUAGCUCGACUAUCUCGAAAAGCCCUAACUUCCACACUGUCCCAUCACCACCUCCUACGCCGCACACUCGCCACCGAAGCAGCAAAAAUCACGGAAACGCCGGAUCGAGUGAAGUGGGACUACAGGGGGCAGAGGAAGAUCAUCCCGCUGGGGCAGUGGCUCCCAAAGGUCGCCGUCGAUGCCUACGUGGCUCCCAACGUGGUCCUCGCCGGCCAGGUCACCGUCUACGAUGGAGCCUCCGUCUGGAACGGGUCGGUACUUAGGGGCGAUCUCAACAAGAUCACCAUUGGGUUCUGUUCCAAUGUCCAGGAGAAGUGUGUGAUCCAUGCCGCCUGGUCUUCACCUACAGGUUUGGGAUUUGAUUUCGUGGAUUUUGAUCGUUCUUAGGGUUUUUGUUUGGUUGCUGAGAAUGUGUUGGUGAGGGAAAGAAAUUUGUUGUGUUUAAUUGAGAUUAUCCGCGGUUCGGGAAUGCGCUCAAUGAGGAAACCCAAAUUCAACCUAGUCUAAGACGGCUAUUUAGAUUAGUUUAGGUGAAUUAUCAUCUUCUAGAAACCUAACUGCUUAAAAUUGUAGGCUUAGCAUAGUCAGCUGUGGAAUAAGGGUUAACGGCGUGUGUUUUUU